AUGAUCGCACUUGGACUCGAAGGAAGCGCAAACAAGUUGGGCGUCGGCCUGAUUUGCCACGACAUGACAACAACCCCUCCCACCGUCACCAUUCUCGCCAACAUCAGACACACCUACCACCCUCCACCUGGAGAGGGGUUCUUACCAAAGGACACUGCUCAGCAUCACCGCAGUCAUAUUCUCCAACUUGUCAAGGAUGCCAUGGCCGAAGGCAACAUCACCCCCAAGGACAUUAGCGUUAUUUGCUUCACCAAGGGACCCGGUAUGGGUGGACCCCUGACCAGCGUUGCGACUGUUGCCAGGACCCUGGCCUUGAUGUGGAACAAGGAGCUCGUUGGCGUCAACCACUGUGUUGGACAUAUUGAGAUGGGAAGACAGAUCACAGGAGCAGAAAACCCCGUUGUGCUGUAUGUGUCGGGAGGAAACACCCAGGUCAUUGCAUACGCCGAGAAGCGGUACAGGAUCUUUGGAGAGGCGUUGGAUAUUGCUGUUGGAAACUGUCUGGAUCGCUUUGCAAGAGUUCUCAACCUGCCCAAUGACCCUGCUCCCGGUUAUAACAUUGAGCAGCUGGCCAAGAAGGGAUCAAAAUUGCUGGAUCUUCCGUAUACAGUCAAGGGCAUGGACGUAUCAUUCAGUGGAGUAUUGACGUACAUCGAGACCAACGCGCCUGCACUCCUCGCCUCUGGAGAAUACACCGCCGCCGAUCUGUGUUUCUCACUCCAAGAAACUGUGUUUGCAAUGUUGGUCGAGACAACCGAGCGAGCCAUGGCACAUAUUGGAUCCAGGGAGGUGUUGAUUGUCGGAGGUGUGGGCUGUAAUAAGAGGCUACAGGAAAUGAUGGACCAGAUGGCGAGCCAACGUGACGGAAAGGUCUUUGCGACGGAUGAGCGAUUCUGUAUUGAUAACGGUAUUAUGAUUGCGCAGGCUGGAAUUUUGGCCUACCAGACUGGGUACACGACCCCGCUUGAGAAGACUUGGUGCACGCAGCGGUUCAGGACAGAUGAGGUCUUUGUUGCCUGGAGGGAAUAA